AUGUCAAAAACUUUAGAUCGAAUUGCAAGCCCUUGUUGUCGUAAUGAUGAAAGAAACAAGCAGAAAUCAGAUACAGAAGUUUCAGAGGAAAGGACAAACUUUGGUAUUUUCAGAAAAGCUAAAAAUGUAUCCAGCAAACUGAGAAAUUCUAUAAGAAAUAAGCUGAGGAGGAGAAAUGAUUUUGCAGUUUGUGAAAAUGAGGAUGUUUGUGAAACUGAGGAGCUGAAGGCUGUAGAUGCUUUUCGACAAGAAUUGAUCUCAGACAAUUUGCUUCCUGCAAGAUUUGAUGAUUAUUAUACCAUGUUAAGAUUUUUGAAAGCAAGGAAGUUCAAUAUUGAAAAUGCAAAGCGCAUGUGGGCUGACAUGCUUCAGUGGAGGAAGGACUUUGGUGUGGAUGCGAUUGUGGAGGACUUUGACUUCACGGAAUUAAAAGACGUACAGGAAUACUAUCCACAGGGAUAUCAUGGCGUCGACAAGGAUGGAAGACCAGUUUACAUUGAAAGAUUGGGGAAGAUGGAUGUUGACAAGUUGGUGCAAGUGACUACUUUCGACCGAUUUGUGAAAUACCAAGUCCAGGAAUUCGAGAAGACUCUUGCUGUCAGGUUUCCUGCUUGUUCUGUUGCUGCAAAUAGGCAUAUAGAUUCAAGCACAACAAUCUUAGAUGUCCAAGGAUUGGGUUUAAUGAGUUUGACCGGACCUGUUGUAGAAUUCAUUAAGGUGCUUCAAAAGAUUGAUAAUGACAAUUAUCCUGAAACACUCAGCCGAAUGUAUAUCAUCAAUGCUGGUCCUGCCUUUCGGUUGAUCUGGACUAUAGUGAAGCCUUUACUUGACCCAGAUACAACUUCCAAGAUUCUGGUGCUUGGCAAUAAUUAUCAAAGCAAAUUAAUUGAAGCUAUUGAUGAGAGUGAGCUACCAGGUUUUCUCGGUGGUAACUGUACGUGUUCAAAUGAGGGAGGUUGUUUGAAGUCAGACAAGGGGCCGUGGAAAGACCAAAAUUUAUUGAAGGUGAUAAAAGUGGCCACAUACAAGUCGAGUUUUACAGCUGGUUCUCUCGAGGCAAGUUUAAAUGGAGAAGUAUGUGCAGUGCAGAAAGUAACAAUAUCAGAUGAAGAAUAUUAG